UCCUUCUGGCAUGAAAUGCGCAAGUCCAAACAACCUAACUAUAUCCACGCCUUAGUUCAUAGUCUUUCAUUUUACAAUUCGUGAUUUUGUUAGGCCAAAGUGAUCAGUUUAAGGCGCUAAUCGUUAUCAUCAAAAAAGUUAAAGUUAUGUCUUUGUUUAAAAUGUUUCCUAAUAGUUUUUAUGGUUAUAAUCAGAACGUGUGAAACUAAAAUGGUUUCGAAGCAGAUCAAUACAAAUUAUUAAUAAUGUAUCGAAUAUAAUUUUUAAGUAUGAUUUAAAUAAACAAAUAUUGAAUGAUAGUGAGAAAAUGUUAAAUGACGCACAGGAAGAAUCGGCACAAAAUUCACAGUUGUUGCAAAAUUAUCUCAUAAAUAGACCAGAAGAUGUGAACAGUGCAUUAAUUGUUGUAGAACAUAAGGGAGUUUUGUGGACAUGUGCGUUAAGGAAAAUAUGUUUGACUGCCCUAUGGCUUCCAUUAGGCGCUUUAAUAUUUUGUUACGUGACAGCAUCCUUAUUCCAGUCAGAUGACGUACAUGAAACACACUGUAGGGUGUAUAAUGUAGUGCCAUCAAUAAGUGCAAUUACUGGGAUAAGCCCACAAAGGUAUAUAUGGAGGAUAUGUAUUGCCUACCACUUAGGACCAAGACUACUGAUAGGAUCUCUAUAUUAUAACUAUCAUAAAGAACGCACUAUGUUUAUAAGAGAUGAAGAGACACGGACUAAGGCUUCCAAAUUGGGGGACGCUUGCUAUUGGUUGAAUUUAAUUGAACUGUUCGCCCUCACUGGUGUUACCUAUGUUUCGAAUAGGGAAAAUUAUUUUGUCCAUGAGAAGAUAUUCAUAGUGUUCAUGGUGGCUUCCCUACUACACAUGUUAUGUAGAGCUCGCGUUGGAUGCAUCGCUAGUGAUGUGAUUGAACCGGUGCGAACAAACCGACUGGUUUGGAAUCUGUUCUUCAUAGCCAUUGCUGCUACCAUUGGGCUCAUUAUUUUCUUCCUAAGACACCGUCUGCUUUGCCGACCUCUUGCUUUUACAUGGUUCUCAGUUUGUGAAUACAUAUUGGCAACAACGAACAUGGCUUUCCACGCUAUCGUCGUGCGAGAUUUACCUCUACAUGAAGUCAAAGUCGUGUGCCCUGAUCGGCAGAAAACAAACUAAUUUCCUAUAACUAUAAUAAGAUAUUACUGCUUUACGGUACGUGUCAAAUAACUUUGGACCUAUAAUAUUCAUGCAAUGUUUAUAAAAGGUUAAUUUGGGUACUAUUAUUAUACAGGCAUAUUUUCUCACAAAACGAAGUUAUUUUAUAUGUACCAAAUACUCGUAGUUGUCAUGUGUUAUUAUUGUUAUAUUUGCACGUGUUGGUUGUUACUGUACUCAUGUACUGCCUUUGAGUACUGCACUUGAUUUAUAUACAGCUUAAAAGAGAAUUAUAAAUUCGCUCAUAUUAUUCUCGAAUUAAUUAUUAGAAGGUAUUAAAAUAUAUAUAUGGUAAUAAUUAAUGAUAUUUUUUUCUUACAAAUGAAAAAAAAAAAUGUAAGAUGAAAAACAUUAAUAAUUACUACUUACCAAUGUAAAUAAAUAUUUCGUUCGCUGACAUAAUUUAUAUUUAUAACAACUUUGCCGUUAUGUAUUAGCAACGCGUUGUAUUAAAUUAAUUACAUCUGAAAUUAUUUUUACGUACGUACCUAUCGGCUAGUCACUUGAGUUUUAUAAUUUAAAUAAAAUCUCAGUAAAUAGGUAUAUUGUAAUAUAAGCCUUCCGGCUCUCUGUCAUUAUUUAAAGCUAAUAAAAAUGCCAAGAAUACAGUACAAAGUAUUAUUCUUGUUACAAUACCUUAAAAUAUCAAUUAUUAUUGAGUAAAUAGUACGUGUAAGUAAUAUAAAUCGCUAGUUCGAUAUACCUUUGAUAUAUUUAUUUCGCACAAAUUUUGUACUCAUUAGUUAAUGGCUUAGUUGAAUAAUUUUUUUAAAAGUGUUAUUAUUUGAUAAUUAUUUAUGUAUCAGUUCACGCUCAAUAUAUAUUCAAUAUGAUUUCCAUUAUCUAAUCAUGUUCUAGUAAGAAUAUAAUUUUAUUUAAAUUGUAUAAGUUUUAU